AUGGACUCGUAUGAUCCUAAAGCCUGGGCUGUUACCUCUAUUCAAGAUGAUUCGACAACACUUCCUAUGCAAACUAUUGCCAAGAAUCAGAAUUCGGGGUCUAAAAACAUGCAACCCAACCGACUUGUGCCGAUUUUCCGUCCAUACAUCGUGACUAAUGUCAAUGAUGUAUUACGGAUGAUAGAAAAGAUUGAUAACGGCGCUGGUAAGAGUAAGAGUAAGACCGCAGGGUCCUCCACAGUCUUACAAGAGAACACAUUGGGAGUCAUUAGCAUUGCAGUAGAAGGCUCGUGGAAGCAUCCGUAUCGCAACUUGGAACCAAUUUUCUACGGAUAAAAUAAUUCCUUAACAAAUAGUUUAUAUGUUUUUUGUAUUGAGUAAUGGCUUUGAUUGUAACCUCCGCGAUUUAGAUUUAGGAUAU